AUGCUGACAAAACUAAUGAGACAUAAAUUGCAUUCAAGGCAAGCGUUUGCGACGAUCGGCGCCAAUGCGUGUGACCGGCGAAGACAUUCCUCUGGGUCUGGACACUCAUUGCACUCGUAUUUGGUGCCCAUAGUGGUGGAGCAGACGGGAAGGGGUGAGCGAUCGUAUGACAUCUACUCGCGACUGCUGAAGGAGCGCAUCAUAUGUCUGAUGGGAGGCAUCAACGACGAGAUGUCAUCCCUAGUUGUGGCACAACUGCUGUUCCUGCAGUCGGAGUCGGCCAAGAAGCCCAUCCACCUGUACAUCAACAGCCCGGGAGGGGUCGUGACGUCAGGGCUGGCCAUCUACGACACGAUGCAAUACAUACUGCCGCCGAUCGCCACGUGGUGUGUGGGUCAGGCCUGCUCUAUGGCCAGCCUAUUGCUGUGCGCGGGUGAGCCCGGGAUGAGACACUCUCUGCCCAACUCGCGGAUUAUGAUUCAUCAG